AUUGCCGAUUAUUUUGAUAUGCGAUAUGUCUUCAUCUUUGUUUUUGGAUCAUCAUCACCACCACCACCAUCAUCAUCAUCAUAAUCAUAAUCAUCAUAAAUUGAAUCAUUAUUCAUCAUCAUCAUCGUCAUCACCAUUGUAUAUAUCGAUAAGCACGGUUAAAUUAUUAUUAUUAUUCAUAAUAAAUUUGUUAAUUUUAUCCAAUAAUUUUCAACAAAUAAAUUGUCUAAAAGUUGCAGCCAAUUUUAUUGAUGAUGAUGAUGAUGUUGUUGAUAGUUAUUCAUCAUCAUUAUUAAACGAACCAAAUACAUUCGAUGCUGGUUUAAUCGAUGGUGAAUUUGGUAAUCGUUAUGUUGAUCAUAAAUCAUCAGCUGCUUCAAAUGUUACAAUUGAAAAACCUAUUUCUACAGCAAACAGUACUGCUAUUACGACAGCAGCUUUAGCAACAAUAUCUAUUGCUUCUUCUUCUUCUUCAUCUUCUUCUUCUUCAAAUCAAAUGUUGACACAACCGAUCUCACAAUCAACACAUAUACGACCAUCAUGGUCAACAUUUCAAAAACCAUUAAAUCAAAGUUUAAUUCAUACACCAUUAUUAACAUCAUUACGGAAUCGUACACGACUUAAGAAUGUAAAUAGAAAUAGAAUUCAAACAACAAAUAAAUUUGCCAAUCAAACAUCAUCGUUUGUUAUGAAUCGUCAUGAUGGACAUAAAAUUCCUUCUCUAUAUACACCACCCAAAAUGAUGACUGAAUCAAUGGCCAUCGAUCCUGAACCACCGGUUUGGAUUCCACCAACAUCAUUAGAAGCAAGACCGGCACCAAUUGUAGCCGAAUUUGGACCAAUUCAGGCAAAUCCAUUGAUGGUAGAUUUUAUGCCAAUCGAACCACCUUUGACCAUGUAUCAUCCACAACAUCAGCAUCAUGUUCAUCAUCAUCAUCAUCCAAAUCAUAUGAUAAACACAAAUUAUCCGCCACCACAAUCACAACCACCAACCCUAUCACCACCACCACCACCACCACCAUCAUCAUCAUUAUCAUCAUCAUCCGGAUAUUCAUUGACUGGACCAUCGCCAUUAUCACCAUAUCAUAUGGAUACAUUCGGUGAAGUUUUAUAUGAUCAUCAUUCACUAUAUCAUCCACAUUAUAUUGAACAAUAUCAUCCUGGAGCUGGUAUAUUCAUUAAUUCAAAUGAAAAUGAUAUCAUCUUUGAUGAUAGUAAUCAAAUUCAUAAUGGUCAUGACAGUGAUGAAGCAGCAGAUACAAUGCGUGAUCAUAAUUAUAUGCUUGAAUCUGUACCACCUGUGGCACAGAAUAUGUUAUUCUCUGAACAAAACAAUAAUUAUUAUACACCAUUCAAAGUGAAUUCAAUUAAUGUUUAUAGUGAUUAUUUAACCGAUGAUGAUGAUGAUGACGAUGAUGGUGAUAGUGAUGAUGGCCAUAAUAAUGGUGAACAAAAUGAUUCAAAACGAAAAUAUUGUUCGAAUAAGAAAAAUAUUUCCGGUAAAGAUGUUGAUGAUGCAAUCAAAAAUGCAGCAGCCAAAUUAAAAUGGUAUUCAAGAACAAUUGAAAAGAAUGCAAUACAAACAAAACGUCGUUCACCAUAUAUACCGCAUGGUAUGUUGGAUUCAAAACUUUUUGAAUAUGCAUCCAAAUAUCUUAAAGAUCGAAAAUGUCUAAACAAAAUGGAUGUCAUAACAAAAUUACCCAAGAUUAAUGUACGUCGAAUAUCAUCACAUUAUGAAAUGUCAACAUGUUCAUUAGAGAAGAAAAUUGCAUGUGAACCAAAAGCAAAAUUUCGAUCUAUCGAUGGAUCUUGUAAUAAUCUCAAAUAUAAAACUUGGGGUAAAUCAUUUACAUGUCAUCGACGAUUAUUACCACCAAAUUAUUCGGAUGGUGUUGCCGAACCACGUAUUGCAUAUGAUGGUGGUAAAUUACCUAAUGCUCGUGAUCUUUCAUCACAAUUAUUACCCGAUGUCGAUGUUCAAGACCAUAAAUUAACAUCAAUGACAAUGGCAUUUGGACAAUUUAUCAUUCAUGAUAUUGCUCGAACAUUACCAUUAGCAAAUGAUAUACGAUGUUGUCCAAGUAAAAGUGCCAAACAUCCUGAAUGUUUUGCCAUUGACAUUGUACGUUCAGAUGAUAUUCUUGUUAAAUAUUUCAAUCAAACAUGCAUCAAUUUUGUCCGUUCAAUUGUAUGUAAUCCAUGUGCACUUGGUCCACGAGAACAACAAAAUCAGGCGACCCAUACGUUCGAUAUGUCACAGAUGUAUGGAUUACGUUUGAAUGAUUCAUUAGCAUUGAGAAGUUUUCGUGGUGGUAAACUUCGUGGUUCAUUGACUAGUACAUAUCCAAAAGAAGAGCUACCACCAAAAAUGACACGUGAAGAUCCUAGUUGUAAUGUACGACCAAAACCACCGAGAUUUAAAUGUUUUGAAACUGCCGAUGGUGUUCGUGCAUCACAACAUCCAGCAUUACAAUCAUUACAUACGGCAUUUCAUCGUCGUCAUAAUCAACAUGCCGAUGCAUUAUCAAAAGUGAAUCCACAUUGGAAUGAUGAAAAAUUAUAUCAAGAAGCUAGACAUAUUAUGAUCGCUGAAGCAUCGGCAAUGAUAUAUGGCCAAUAUCUUUCGGCAAUAUUUGGCCGUAAAAUGAUGAAACAUUUUCGUUUAGGUCUGAAUAAACAUGGCUAUACACGUUAUGAUCCAAAAUUGAAUCCAUCAACAUUUCAAGAAUUUAUUACGGCAUCCGGACGUUUUGGCCAUUCACAGAUUAAUGAUCGUUUUCGUGUAUUGUUUAGUGAGGAUAAAACAUCAUAUGCAUAUAAUUUAAGAGAUAAUUUUUUCGAAACAACCAUUGUUAGUUUGGGUCAUUCAGCAGGCGUAUUGAAAGGUUUAGCAUCCGAUCCAACACAAGCAAGUGAUAAUUAUUUUGUGAAUGAUGUAAAAAAUGCAUUAUAUCGUUUACGUCGUGAUCGAACUGGAAGAGAUUUACCUGCAUUCAAUAUACAACGUGGACGUGAACAUGGAAUACCUGGCUACGUUUAUUAUCUUGAUUUUUGUUUCGGUUAUAAAGUACAACAAUGGAAUGAUCUAGUGACAUUUAUACCGAAAAAACAUGUGAAGAAGAUACGACAAUUUUACAAACAUUGGAAAGAUAUCGAUCUAUUUGUUGGCGGUGUAUUUGAACGUCUUAUAUCGGGCGCUGCAUUUGGACCAACAUUUGGUUGUAUAAAUGGUAUACAAUUUUAUAAUUUUAAAUAUGGUGAUCGAUUCUAUUUUGAACAUGGAUAUCAAUCUGGAUCAUUUAAUGAAGAACAAUUGGAUCAUAUACGUUCAGUGGCUAGUCUUAGUUCAUUGAUUUGUAAAACACAUAGUGAAAUCAAACAAAUGCCAUUGAAUCCAUUUAUGCAAUCAUCACCGCAUAAAAAUCCAAUGAUACCUUGUUUUAAAUUUCCUGAAUUUGAUUAUGAUCUUUGGGAAGAUAAAAAAGGUAAAAAUGUUAAAUAUUCAACAACAAUGUCGAAACCUGCAACAGUUGUAUAUGGAUCAUCACAAUCAUCAGCAUUGUAUCCACAAAAAUCACCACUAGUAAUGACAAAAAUGCCACCGGCUAUUGGUUAUUCAAAAAAAUAUCAUUUUCAAUAUGCACCGAAAAAAUCACCAAUAACGCCAAAAAUAUCAUCACUAUUGAUGACUGAUUUUUCAGACCGAAAAGAUAAUCAACAUAAAUCGUCAUUAUAAAAAUAAAAAAUGCCUUUUUCAACAAGCACAAAAUUGACAUGAAAACAAUGUUUUAAUCAUUUUUUUUUCUUUUCUUUUCUUUGUUUAUUUUAUUUUUUAUUUUAAAAUAAUUU